AUGUCAGGCAAAAUACACGGAGGAAAGGGAAAAGGAGGAGCCAAAGAUGGCAUUCUCAGGUUUCAGUCACAUUCUGCAAGAGCAGGUCUUCAAUUCCCCGUCGGAAGAACAAAAAGAUACCUAAAGACCACAGUGCGAAACAAAAUUAGAGUCAGUUCAAAAGCCGCCAUUUAUUUAGCCGCUGUUCUGGAGUAUCUCACAGCAGAAGUUCUCGAAUUGGCUGGAAAUGCGGCAAAAGAUUUGCAUGUCAAAAGAAUCACACCACGUCAUCUUCAACUUGCAAUUCGUGGUGAUGAAGAAUUGGACACGCUCAUUAAGGCAACCAUCGCCUUCGGUGGUGUCUUGCCACACAUAAACAAGGCCCUUUUAAUGAAGGUUGAGCGCAGAAGGCACUGA